AUGGCUACUACUAAACUCACCUGGCUAAUUACCGGCUGCUCCUCUGGCUUUGGCCUUUCCUUGACCCGCGCCGCCCAGGCUGGCGGACACAAGGUCAUUGCAACCUCGCGCAACCCAUCGCGGACCCCAGAUCUGGUUGCCGAGAUUGAGUCUAAGGGGGGCAAAUGGGUCCAACUUGAUGUGGACAGCCGCGACAGCGGCAAUAUAAUCACCAACCUCGAAAGCUGUGGCGACCAUAUUGACGUCCUGGUUAACAACGCCGGCUAUUCUAUUCACGCCCCUGUCGAGACUUUCGACGAGGAUGAAGUGAGAUCCCAGAUGGAGACGAUGUACUUUGGGCCCUUACGUCUUAUCCGGGCCGUCCUACCCUAUAUGCGCCAGCGAAAGUCCGGUAUGAUAGUCAAUAUGAGCAGCGGUGCUUCGUUUGACGGUAUUCCAACUAUGGGGGUGUACGCCGGUGCGAAGGCUGGAUUAGAUGCACUUACCAAGAUCCUCGCUAAGGAGAUUUCUCCAUUCAAUAUUCGCACCUUAACCGUCGUUCUCGGAACCUUCAACACCAAUAUGCCUAACUCGGCAGUUUUGGGUAGGACUCCUCUACCGGAGGGCUAUAAGGGAACCUUUACCGAGCAGGUUCAGGGUCUUCUGGUUAGUGGGAUGAUCAAGCCCAAUGGUGACAAGGACAAAGCAAUGCAAGCUGUGUACCAGGUCGUUACAGGCGAGGGAUUUGGCGAAGGGCGUCAAACCGAGAAGCUUCUUCCUCUGGGGAGUGAUAUGACCCCUCGACUGAAAGGAGUCCAGGAAUACCUCGGACACGCUUUGGACGUGUUUGGCUCUGUGACAAACAGUGUGGAUGUCGAUAAAUAA